UUAUAAAAAAAACUGUAUUGUUUACAUGAUCCUUGCGGAAAACCUUGGACGCAACGCGCGUUUUCACGGCCGCAUCUCAUUAAGCAAUGCUCGCUCAGGACCGUUGCUCAGCUAUAGUUGGGCUCGCAACUUCUAUGCAAUUUCUUUCGUCCCUCUGAUACGCCUACUACAGUCAACAAUGAAUAGAUAAAACAGAAAGAAAAGGGGAGAUCAUGAUACGAUUGAAGUGGCAAAAAAUGAAAAUAGGAAUCGAUUCUUUGAAAUUUUUUCUAACCAUAGUCUCUGUAACGAUUCUACAUCGAAUUGGGUAUCUAAACGCUGUCUCUGCAGUCUGCCAACUCAGUUUUGUUGAUGGGCACAAGCUUUUCAACUUCAGUUUAGCGUCUCCUCUCCCGAAAUACCCUCAUGGUGUCCUUAGCGAAGAUGGGUUUUAUAAGCUAUCAGUGAACGAGUCUAUGCUCUGGUUUCAGCUAUGCAAUGGAAUGAUUUUUAAUCAUGAUCCACCCAGAUGUGUUGGUUGCCUGGAUUGUGGGGGGACAUUACGUUGUGGCAUGGAAUGUAGUGCACUUGUGACAAACAACAUAGGAGGUUAUGAUGUAUGUACUACUAUUGGGCAUGUCUCAAGCACUGUUACUAGCAUUUUUGAUAAACAGAAUCCACACAAGGGUGUAAUUGUUAAGAUGUCAAAUACUGUUAAGACGUCUGCUGGCUCUGAGAAUUGUUCACUCUCUGUCUCUGUCAUUUGCAAUUCAAAUGGUGUUCAAGGGCCACAUUCACUGGAGAAAUUAGGGACCUGUGAUUAUGCAGCAGUACUACAACAUCCUUCAGGUUGUGCCAUAGUUGUAUCUGUUCAUGGGAAAGGAUGGGGCUGGUUUGGUACCUUAGUAAUCAUUAUCUUAUGCCUUUUUGGUGGGUAUAUGUUGGUGGGUGCAGCCUAUCGAUAUUUCUUCCUUGGAAUUCGUGGUUUAGAUAUGAUUCCCAACUUGGAUUUUUGGGUCAGAUUGCCUCAGAGAACACAGAGUUGUUGUGCAUCUCUGGUGCGGAAAUUUAGAGGACCAACAGAAGGUUAUCGAUGCUCUUAUUCUCCAGUCAAUUUUUAAGCAAUUACAAUUCAAUUCCACAUUUAGUAGUGGUGAAUCAGUUUUGAGACAUCUGGGCUGCACUAUUAAACUCUUGCACAAUCAAGUGCUUCGGUUUCCUGAUAGUCUAGGGUGGUCAUCUCAUUGAAGUAGACUUUGACAAUCCUUUGCAGAAAUGCCCUGCUGUUCAGUUGACAUGUAUGCCACCAUAUCCCAAUUUUCAUUUUUCCCAUGAUUUCUUUCUUCAGCAUUAUUCAUUUGAUUGUAAUCUCUCUAUUAGCUUAGUGUUUGUUUUUGUUUCUUUUUUAUUGACAUUCUUUUAGCUGUUCUUCUGGCAAGUUUUGUUUAAUGUACUUAUUAAUAUUAUUAUUAUUUAUUAUUUCACAA